AUGCCCAACUGGACUAAGCUGCUUAGGAGGGGAGUAAAGAACUUUGAUCUUGACUAUGAUGCUAUCCUUGCUGCCAUGAAUGCGUUGACUGUUAGUGCUGAGGGUGACUGUUACCUGUGUGUUCCGCCAGACCCUGGUAUAGAGGCUGCUGCUCCAGGUGCUUGUGAGUCUGUUGCCCUGGGUGCUUGCGAGUCUGCUGCUCUAGGUACUAGUGAGUCUGCUCACUCAGGUGUUGCGCCUACAAAGGCCUUGUACACUUUCACGCUAGACUCAGGUGCCUCCCGCUGCUUCUUCCGCGACAGCACCACAGUCACACCGCUCUCUGCACCUGUUCCGGUCUCCCUUGCUGACCCCUCCGGGGGACCUCUCCUUGCACGUUUCUCCACUGUCCUCCCCUGUCCGGCGGUCCCGUCUGGCUCACUUACAGGUCUCCACCUCCCCUCGUUCUCUACGAACCUGGUGAGUAACGCCGUCAUCCAGGAUGAGUGGGUUGACACCUUCACCCCUGGAGGACGUCGUGUGGCGAUCUGCACGUGUGCCCGCACGGGCCGCCACCUGGCCACGUUCACCCGUCGGCCUGGGUCGAGUCUGUACACCCUGACUGUCGGGUCUCCCCAGGUUGCUGCUACUGGUCAGGUGUCCUUGUCCGGACCGGAGUCUGCCCCUUGCUUGUGUCGUCGCCUGUCGCACCAGACUCUCCUCUGGCACCACCGCCUCGGUCACCCCUCUCUGCCGCGCCUCCGUGGCAUGCACUCCCGUCUGCUUGUCUCUGGUCUUCCCCAGUCGCUGCCGUCACUCCCAUGCUCGCCUGCCCCGCCGUGUCUCCCUUGUGUCGAGGGGCGGCAGCGCGCCGCUCCUCACUCCUCCUCGUUUCCUCCGACAGACGCUCCCCUGCAGACUCUCCACAUGGAUGUGUGGGGCCCAGCCCGCGUCCGGGGACAGGGCCGCGAGCAGUACUUUCUGCCAAUUGUUGACGACUACUCACGGUACACCACGGUCUUCCCCAUGCGCAGCAAGGGUGAAGUCCCUGCUGUCUUGAUCCCUUGGAUCCGCGCUGUCCGUCUCCAGCUCCGCGACCGUUUCCAGACGGACUUUCCCGUCCUACGUCUGCACUCUGACAGAGGUGGUGAGUUUUCCUCCGACCUCUUGCGGGACUUUUGUCAGGGGGAGGGCAUCCUCCAGUCGUUCACGCUUCCGGCCUCUCCACAGCAGAAUGAGGUUGCUGAGCGCCGCAUUGGCCUAGUCAUGGAGAUCGCUCGCACCUCCAUGAUCCAUGCGGCUGCUCCCCACUUUCUGUGGUCGUUUGCGGUCCGGUACGCUGCGCAUCAGCUCAACCUCUGGCCCCGUGUCUCCUUGUCGGAGACCUCGCCCACACUGCGUUGGACGGGGAAGGUUGGCGAUGCGUCGCGCUUCCAGGUGUGGGGUGCUCGUGCCUUUGUCCGCGAUACCACCGCGGACAAGCUCUCCGCUCGCGCCAUUCCCUGCGUCUUCCUUGGCUUCCCUACUGACGCGCCUGGCUGGCAGUUUUACCACCCCACCUCGCGCCGUGUUCUGUCCUCUCAGGACGUCACGUUUGACGAGUCGGUUCCCUUUUACCGUCUCUUCCCCUACCGCACUGCCUCUCUCCCCCCCCCCGCCGCUCUUCGUCGCUCCAGGUCCGCCCCCGGUAGACCCCCUCCCCCCUCAGGGUCCUGCUCCCUCAGAGGAGGUACUGCUAGGGGUCCCGAGUCUGGGGAUGCUGAGCCUGCGGGUGCGGGGCCUGAGGGUGCUGAGCCUGCGGGUGCGGAGCCUGGGGGUGCUGAGCCUGAGCGCGUGGAGCCUGGGGGUGCUGAGCCUGAGCGUGAGGAGCCUGGAGGUGCUGAGCCUGGGGGUGCUGAACCUGAACGUGAGGAGCCUGGAGCUGCUGAGCCUGGGGGUGCUGUGCCUGAGCGUGAGGAGCCUGGGGGUGCUGAGCCUGGGGGUGCUGAGCCUGGGUCUGGUCGGCAGGAGCCUCUCUCCCCGCAGCAGCUGCGUGAGUGGUACACUCGACGCUACUGCCGUUCGCGUGGCGCUGCUGGUGCUGGGGGCUCGGCCACUGGAGCUGCUGGAGCUGCAGGCACUGCUGGUGGUACCGCUUCUGGGGCUGGAGGUGCUGGGACUGCUGGACCUACUGACGCUGCUGGUGCUGGAGGAGCCCCUGGUGCUGUUGGUCCCGGAGGUGCUUGUACUGAAGGUGCUGGAGCUGCUGGGGCUGGUGGUGCUGGUCCUGGGGCUACUGGAGCCGUCUGCCCUGCCGCUGGAGACGCUGGAGCUGGAGACACUGGGACUGGAGGUCCUGGUGCUGGAGGUGCUGACGCUGGAGUUCCUGGUGCUGGAGCCUCUGGGGCGGGAGGAGUUGGAGCUGGUGACGCUAGUUCUAGAGGUUCUUACCUCCCAUCUUCUAUUGGUUUUCCGCUACCGCCUGGCUCUCCGCUGCCUGCUCCUUCUCCUUACACUGAGCAGACAGACUCGCUUACAGAGCGUCGUGAGCCUGCGUCUCAUCCUGCCUCGCCUGUUCGCGCCGCUCGCACUGCUCGCCGUGUCCCGCGUCCGCCACCUCCUCCUGUGUCGGGCACUCACACCGUGGCACUUCGUCCCUCCUCUGCUCCCCUGCGCGUCCCACUGCAGUCUCCUCCUGCGUCCUCUCUUCCUGAGCUUCCUGACCCUGAGUCUGACGCUGUUCGUGCUGCUAGUCCCAUCGUCACGCGUCUUCUGGCUACUAUUGUCACUGACCCGUCGUUUGAGUCUGCUGCUGCGUCUGCCUUGGUUGCUGAGCUUGUUGACUUUGCUGUUGUGUGUCGACUUGACUACGCUGCCAGUCUUGUUGCUGAGUCUGAGUCUGUCUGUCCUCCGUCCGUCGAGGGUGAGUGUGCUCUUGGCACGGACGUCCUUGAGGACAGGCAGGAGGAGCUCGACUGUCUUGCGGCUGCUGUACCUCAUCUCGUGGCCUGGCUGCUUGCCCCUGAGGGAGACCUGGAUGCACCAGACAUCCCGACCCCGUGCUCUUACGCAGAGGCGAUCUCGGGUCCGUACCCCUUUCAGUGGCAGACAGCCAUGGACGCAGAGAUGGCAUCCUGGAAGUCCACAGGCACCUACAUCGACGAGGUUCCCCCUCCUGGGGCGAACAUUGUCGAUGGCAUGUGGAUUUUCAGGGUGAAGCGGCCGCCGGGUUCUCCGCCUGUCUUCAAGGCUCGUUACGUUGCACGAGGCUUCAGUCAGCGAGAGGGAGUUGACUUCUUCCAGACCUUCUCCCCCACCCCGAAGAUGACCACUCUUCGGGUGCUGCUGCACAUUGCCGCUCAGCGUGACUACGAGCUUCACUCUCUUCACUUCAGCACAGCGUUCCUGCAGGGCAGCCUGCACGAGGAGAUCUGGCUGCGCCGCCCUCCUGGCUUCACUGGGUCGUUCCCUCCUAGUACCCAGUGGAGCCUCCGGCGGCCAAUCUACGGUCUCCGCCAGGCACCUCGUGAGUGGCACGACACAUUGAGGACGACACUUGCGGCUCUUGGGUUUGCUCCUUCGACUGCAGACCCGUCGCUGUUCCUCCGCACCGACACGUCGCUGCCGUCGUUCUACAUCCUCGUGUACGUCGACGACCUGGUCUUUGCUACUGCUGACACUGAGGCACUUGCUCUUGUGAAGUCGGAGCUGCAGAAGAGACGCACGUGCACAGACCUGGGUGAGCUGCGCAGCUACCUUGGCUUGCAGAUCACCUGGGACAGAGCACGCCGCACCAUCACCUUGACUUAG